AUGUACACGUGUGUUUCAAUUGUGACGGCGGCGCAGCGCCAUGGUUCACGUCCGACGAAAGCCCAACGCUUGGCAGCUGUCAGCAGGGAGUACGCGGUACCGUCUCGCCUCGGCACUAGUCUCUCACACCUUACUUUCCAUAUCACCUAUCCAUGUUGUCCGCCUGACCUUGAGGAUUGUGGCGAGGCGAGACGGUCACCAACCGAACGGCCCUGCUGUUUCAGCCGCUACGUGAGGGUCGCGGCGCGUACGACAUUCGCGGUCGUGAACAACUUAUACUGCGUCCCCGCUUACGUAGUGUGGAUGAUGGCGCUGCGGCUCGUCAGACCCUUUUUCGCGCCAGUCUAUUGGAGGAUUGAAGGGCUCAUGUACCACUGGCUGCUGGCGAUGGUGUCGCUCUGGGCGUGGACGGCUGGAUAUGAGAGUAAGUUUACAAAUAUUGCAACAGUAUAA